AUGGCGCAUUUCCUUAAUACACGUGCAUGGAAGAGCAUCUAUUUAAAAAUUAUUAAUUUUCUCCCCCCACCUAUCCGCCAUCUCAUCUGCUUGACUUUCACUCUGCACCCUCUCGGAUCUCCUUUAAGCGACCUUUUCUUCACUUGGAUCACCGGCUUCUCUUUGGAUCUUAUUGCGGCCAUGAGUUACGAAGCGUGCUUCGCGACUGCGACCGCCUUCUUCAGCCAACCUGUUUCUUGCGUCCCGCAUAUUUCCUACCUGUAUAUCGAAACCCACCCAUGCCUAUUUGUUCGUCCCUUCCGCAACAACAAAAUAGUCAUGGGUGCUCUAAGUAUAGACCAUCGUCGCCACUGA